AUGGUUCAAUCAUCCGUUUUAGGUUUCCCAAGAAUUGGUGCUAACAGAGAAUUAAAGAAAACAACUGAAGCUUACUGGUCUGGUAAAGUUUCUGUUGAAGAAUUAAUUAAAGUUGGUAAAGAAAUCAGAGCUAACAACUGGAAAUUACAAAAAGAUGCUGGUGUUGAUGUUAUCCCAUCAAAUGAUUUCUCUUACUAUGAUCAAGUUUUAGAUUUAUCUUUAUUAUUCAAUGCUAUCCCAGAACGUUACACCAAAUUUGAUUUACAACCAAUUGAUGUUUUAUUUGCUAUGGGUAGAGGUUUACAAAAAAAAGCUACUGAAACUGAAAAAGCUGUUGAUGUUACUGCUUUAGAAAUGGUUAAAUGGUUUGAUUCUAACUACCAUUAUGUUAGACCAACUUUCUCUCAUUCAACUGAAUUCAAAUUAACUUCUCAAAAACCAGUUGAUGAAUAUUUAGAAGCUAAAGAACAAGGUGUUGAAACUAGACCAGUCUUAUUAGGUCCUGUCUCUUACUUAUUCUUAGGUAAAGCUGACAAAGAUUCUUUAGAUUUAGAACCAAUUUCAUUAUUAGAAAAAUUAUUACCAGUUUAUUCUGAAAUUUUAUCAAAAUUAUCUGCUGCUGGUGCUAAAUCUGUUCAAAUUGAUGAACCAAUCUUAGUUUUAGAUUUAGAAGAAAAUAUUAAAACUGCUAUUAAAACUGCUUAUGAAUUUUUCUCUAAACAAGAAGGUUUACCAUCAUUAGUUUUAGCUACUUAUUUCGGUACUGUUAUUCCAAACAUUGAUGCCUUAAAAGGUUUACCAGUUAGUGCUUUACAUGUUGAUUUAGUUAGAAACCCAGAACAAUUAGAUCAAGUUUUAGAAAUCUUAUCACCAGAACAAACUUUAUCUGCAGGUGUUGUUGAUGGUCGUAACAUUUGGAAAGCUGAUUUCUCAAAAGCUUCAGAAAUUGUUAACAAAGCUAUUGCUAAAUUAGGUAAAGAAAGAGUUUUAGUUGCUACUUCUUCAUCAUUAUUACAUACUCCAGUUGAUUUAGAAAAUGAAACUAAAUUAUCUGCUGAAAUUAAAGAUUUCUUUUCAUUUGCCACUCAAAAAGUUAAAGAAGUUGUUGUUAUUUCUAAAAACGUUUCAGGUGAAGAUGUUAAAGCUGAAUUGGAAGCUAAUGCUAAAUCAGUUUCUACUCGUGCUGCUUCAGAUGUUACCAAUGAUGAUUCAGUUCAAACUAGAGUUUCAUCAAUUGAUGAUAAAUUAGGUCGUCGUUCAUCACCAUUUACUGAACGUUUAUCAGAACAAGAAAAAGUUUUCAAUUUACCAUUAUUCCCAACUACUACUAUUGGUUCAUUCCCUCAAACUAAAGAUAUUAGAAUUAAUAGAAACAAAUUCACUAAAGGUACUAUUACUAAAGAAGAAUAUGAAAAAUUCAUUGAAUCUGAAAUUGAAAAAGUUGUCAGAUUCCAAGAAGAAGUUGGUUUAGAUGUCUUAGUUCAUGGUGAACCAGAAAGAAACGAUAUGGUUCAAUACUUUGGUGAACAAUUGAAAGGUUUCGCCUUCACCACAAACGGUUGGGUUCAAUCUUAUGGUUCAAGAUAUGUUCGUCCACCAAUUAUUGUUGGUGAUGUUUCAAGACCAGCUCCAAUGUCUGUUAAAGAAUCUGUUUAUGCUCAAUCAAUCACUACUAAAGCUAUGAAAGGUAUGUUGACUGGUCCAGUUACCAUUUUAAGAUGGUCAUUCCCAAGAGUUGAUAUUCCACAAAAACAACAAGCUUUACAAUUAGGUUUAGCUUUAAGAGAUGAAGUUAAUGAUUUAGAAGCUGCUGGUAUUAAAGUUAUCCAAGUUGAUGAACCAGCUAUUAGAGAAGGUUUACCAUUAAGAGCUGGUGAAGAAAGACAAGAUUAUUACCAAUGGGCUGCUGAAUCAUUCAGAAUUGCUACCUCAGGUGUUAAAAAUGUUACUCAAAUCCAUUCACAUUUCUGUUAUUCAGAUUUAGAUCCAAACCAUAUUAAAGCUUUAGAUGCUGAUGUUGUUUCUAUUGAAUUCUCUAAAAAAGAUGAUGCUAACUAUAUUCGUGAAUUCUCUGAUUAUCCAAACCAUGCUGGUUUAGGUUUAUUUGAUAUUCAUUCACCAAGAAUUCCAUCAAAAGAAGAAUUCAUUUCUAAAAUUCAAAACAUUUUAGAAGUUUAUCCAGUUUCUAAAUUCUGGGUUAACCCAGAUUGUGGUUUGAAAACUAGAGGUUGGGAAGAAACUAGAGCUUCAUUAACAAACAUGGUUGAAGCUGCUAAACAUUUCCGUGAAAAAUAUGCUAAAAAAGAUUAA